AUGCCGGGAGAUGCAGUCCUGAACUCGCUGGUGGAGGAGGCCCCGCUCUGCCUGGUGAGCCUGCUGCUGCCUGCCCUUGGCCUGGCCGCCCCUGUGUCACCUGCUGAGCCCAUUCGCCAAGCCUACAGCCUGGCGCUGUACAUGCAGAAGAAUACAUCCACGCUGCUGCACACCUACCUCCAGCACCAGGGCAGCCCCUUCAGUGAUCCUGGCUUCUCAGCGCCCGAGCUUCAGCUCAGCAGUCUUCCUCCUGCCGCCAUCUCCUUCAAGAUCUGGCAUGCCCUGGAUGACGGGGAGCGGCUGAGCCAUGCCCAGGAGGCCUUCUUGGCCUUGAGCCAGCACCUGCAACUGGUGGGAGACGACCAGAGCGACCUGAAUCCUGACAGCCCCGUCCUGCUGGCGCAGCUCAGUGCUGCAAGACUUAGGGCGCAAGGCCUGCUGGGCAACAUGGCUGCCAUCUCCAUGGCCCUGGGGCUGCCUGUGCCCAAGGAAGAGGACACACUUGGGCUUGUUCCCUUUGGAGCUUCUGCCUUCGAGAGGAAAUGUCGGGGCUACGUGGUGACCCGGGAGUAUGGUCACUGGACAGACAGAGCAGUGAGGGACCUGGCUCUGCUCAAGGCCAAAUAUGCAGCCUAG